UAGUCACAGCCGCGGCUCCGUGCCCGCCGCGGGACCGCCAGCCUCGGGCUGUUGCCGUCCUGUCCGGGCGGCCCGGAAAGUUUUCCGCGGGGCAGCAUUGUUUCGUACGAAGGGUGGGUUUGGCGUUCGCCCGUCGGGGGCUGAAACGAAGCUGCGGAGCGCAGAGCGGGGCUGCGGGCUGGCACUGCGGGUCCGUCUGCGAGCGCUGAAAGCAGAAGGGAGAGGCAGCCCCAGGGCACGCACAGCCCCCGUCCGCUCCGCUGCGGGCCGCGCUGCCGCGGGGGAAGGUUUUCUCGCCGUGUGGAUACUUUGUUGACUAUGAAGAAUGAACGUGUUGUUGCAUUUUCUCUUGGAUAGCAUCAAUCUAUUUCUGUCAGCUUUUUAAUACCACCAUGAUGGAGAAGUUCUCGUUUCUGCUGGUUCCAGUACGUCAGGGGAGCUGUAAUUAUUGUUUGUGAGUAGAGUCUCCAAGAUGAAUACUACAGCAAUGAGCCCACUCACCGUUACUCCACUAAGUUUUGUUCCAGACUUAAAAAAUUCCACCCUUGAUCCUCUCAAUGAGACUGCAUGUGAAAACUGGAAAGAGAUUCAUCAUCUUGUUUUCCACGUGGCAAACAUUUGCUUUGCAGUUGGACUGGUUAUUCCAACUACUUUAAAUCUUCAUAUGAUUCUUCUGCGAGGCCUGCUCACCAUAGGAUGUGCACUGUUCAUCAUUUGGGCUACACUCUAUCGUUGUGCCUUGGACAUAAUGAUCUGGAAUUCUGUGUUUUUGGUUGUCAACCUUUUGCAUUUCAUAUACCUAGUGUAUAAAAGAAGACCGAUCAAGAUAGAGAAGGAGCUUAGCAGCCUCUACAAGAGAAUGUUUGAACCUCUCCAUGUGCCUCCAGAGCUCUUCCAAAGACUAACUGGACAAUUCUGCAACAUUCAGACUUUGAAGACAGGUCAAGCCUAUGCAGCAGAAGAUAAAACAUCAGUUGAUGAUAGGCUAAGCAUCCUGCUGAAGGGGAAAAUGAAGGUGUCUUAUCGAGGGCAUUUUCUGCAUAAUAUUUACCCCUGUGCCUUUAUAGAUUCUCCUGAAUUUCGAUCAACGCAGAUGAACCGGGGUGAGAAAUUCCAGGUCACCAUUAUUGCUGAUGAUAACUGCAAGUUCCUGUGCUGGUCCAGGGAGCGGCUGACUUACUUUCUGGAGUCUGAGCCAUUUCUUUAUGAGAUCUUUAAGUACCUUAUUGGCAAAGAUAUUACAAAUAAACUUUAUUCAUUGAAUGACCCAACCUUAAAUGACAAGGCCUCAAAGAAGAUUGACCGACAGCCCAGCCUUUGCUCCCAGCUCUCCGUGAUGCAGAUGAGGAACAGCAUGGCCAGCACCAGUGACAGCGAGGAUGGCUUGCAGAUGUUUCUUCGUGGGACCUCCUCUGCAUCCUCUCUUCGCCCAGGCCGCACAUCUCCUUACCUGAGAACUUCAGCAAAGAUGAAGCCCAUAGAAGAAAGUGUUGAAGAUGAUGUCUUUGAAGCACCAUCUGCUGAUAAGCUUGAGCUCCAGCGGCUGCCUUAAACAGUUGUGUCCUCAGGUGUGUCAGAGCUUGCACAAAGCUCCAGUGCAACAGGAAAGAGCUGAAUUUGGGAGGAAUCUGAAAGCUAAGCCCACUUCUCCAUGUUUGAAUUUACUGCAGCAUAUGCCAGUGGUAUCUAGAUGGAAAUGUCAUGUUUUAUUUUACUUCUAAAUAAAAUAAAAUAAAUUAAAACUCA